UAUUCAGUAUGUCACUCAUCAUGGAUUCUUUCAACUUAUAAUCUCCCUCUCUAUUCUCCAGGGUGGCGGAUCUUCGUCAAAGUAAUGCCUGGAAUCAGCCCCCCAUCUUGAUUCUCUCUCUUAUCAUCAUUAGUUUCUUGCUGGUUUUUUGUUUGAUCAAACUUUGGGGUUAUUGAGGAAGGAACGAUGCACAGGAUCCAAAUGUAGUGGAAGAGUUCAUUAGCUUGUGUCUUAUAAACUGAGCCGCGUUGAUUUUUCUGGUAAGUUACGGUGGAAGCCCUAGUUGAGGAUUUGAAACUCUAGGGAUUUGUUUUCGGGUAAUGGAACAUCUUCCGGUUGAAGUUAUUGGGAACAUUUUGUCACGGCUAGGAGGCGCUCGGGAUGUGGUGAUAGCUUCUGCAACAUGUCGGAAGUGGCGAGAAGCUUGUCGUAAACACCUUCACACCCUUUCAUUCAACUCCAAUGAUUGGCAUGUUUAUCAUGAUCUCACGACUUGUCAGCUAGAGAUACUGAUAACUCAAACAAUAUUCCAAACCACUGGAUUACAAGGCUUGUCAAUUUUGAUGGAUGAUGUUGAUGAUUUUUCUGCAUCAACAGUUAUUGCUUGGCUCAUGUACACCAGGGAAACCUUGCAUCGAUUGAUUUAUAAUGUUCGGACUACUCCGAAUGUUAAUAUUCUUGAGAUUUGCGGCAGGCAGAAGCUGGAAACUUUGGAAUUGUCCCAUAACUCGAUAACAGGGGUUGAACCCAAUUUUCAGAGAUUCCCCUGUUUAAAAUCCCUUUCUUUGAGUUAUGUCAGUAUCUCAGCAUUGGAUCUCAAUCUUUUACUCACUGCUUGCCCAAAGAUUGAGACCUUUGGGCUUGUUAAUCCAGAGAUUGCAAUCUCUGAUGCACAGGUGACUGUUGAACUGAGCAGCCCAACAUUAAAGAGUGUUUAUGUCGAAGCAAUUAGUUUGGACAAGUUUAUAUUGGAAGCAGAUAGCAUCGAAAGCUUGCACUUGAAGGAUUGUGCUCUUGAGCUAUUUGAACUCAUUGGAAAGGGUACCUUGAAGCAAUUCAAAAUUGAUGACGUGAGUGUUAUUCAACUUUAUAUUGGCGACACUGUUGAUAAUCUUGAGAUCAUAGAUGUCAGCAACUUCACUAUUAUUUGGCCAAAGUUCUACCAAAUGAUCUCAAAAUCAUCAAAGUUAAGGAAACUUCGUCUUUGGGAUGUGGUCUUUGACGAUGAGGAUGAGAUUGUGGAUUUAGAAAAUAUUGCUGUUUGUUUCCCGCAUCUCAGCCACCUUGCAUUAAGUUAUGACUUGAGAGAUGGAGUGGUCAACUAUGGCCUACAAGGUUCUUCCCACUUGGAAUAUGUCAUUAUCUUGGAGCUCGGGUGGACUGUAAUUAAUGAUCUCUUCUCUCUUUGGGUGGAGGGACUGCUAAAACUUUGUCCAAAUCUCAAGAAGUUGGUGAUUCGUGGUGUUGUUUCAGAGGCCAAAAGUCACGAAGAAUGCCAAAUGUUGGCCAAUUUUACCUCAUCCAUAGUUCAGCUCAUGAGAACAUACAUGCAUGUAGAUGUGCAGUUCGAUUAUGAAUAGAAAUCUCGUGAUUACUUUUCGUCCUUGUUCACGUUUUGACUUCUAAACGAGUUAAAGACAACAUACGCCAGGUAAGAUUCACAGCAUUUAUAACCUGAGCACGAGCAUCCCUUUCGAUGUCCUGUAAAUGAUAUCUGAAUUCUUCCUUAUAAUUGCAACUUGCUUUUGCAACAGAAACAUGUUUUCUUUUCACUUUGUUUUCAUUUUACUCAAUUGCUGUAGACAACCCUUUUCUUUUCGUCUGAUUGAAAAGUUUGCUCUGCCUUUCUUGCCUCCCCCCCCUCCCACAUACACAGAUAAACAGUGCAGCUUGGUUUUAUUUGACCGAUGGUUUUCCGCGUCCCUUUAUGAGUUGUUUUUUUAACUGUAUUCCCUGUCCUUGGAGUACUGGUGCCGACGUUUCUAUGUCUGGAAAAUAUGGAAAUGAUACUAAAAUCAUUGGUGAAACAAGGAUAGCAGUUUUUUUGUCAAUAAAAUUUGCAAGGAGCGAGUGAUGUCUGACUCUGACAUAACUACAAAUUUUAAACUGAACGAUUUAUCUUUUUAUGGAUCUCUAUAAUUCUAAGAGACUCCCUUGCCAGGGAAAAAAUGAUCUGGUUUUAAAUUAUGGCUAUCAGAGUUUUUGGGAUCAAUGGGCAAAUUUUUAUCUGCAUAAUUUAACUGGACCUCCCUGCUGCUCGUGUGACGGCAGCUUAACUGUUUUAAGGAUGUUGAUCCGUGUGAUCCUUGUGAUCUGGCUGAGGUCUAGAUGCCAAUAUAUACGUACAUAUACACAUGAGUGCCUACAGACAUACCUACAUACCAUAUAAUAUGAAAUGUUCCAAGGUAGAUAUCAAGUAAUUCCACAACGUUUGGUCUUGUUGGUGAAAUACUUGGAAUUUCUUUCAGUGAUGAAAUAAGAAUGGCCUAGGGCUAUUCUGCUGAGGAUCUUACAGCAGUAACAUGCAGCUCGUCAUCCUUUAUAUGGGAGAGAAAUUACCCGAGGAUGGAGUGUCCGUGGCCCAUUGAAGCGACGACCAGAACAUUCAACCCUUGAUCUGAUGAAUUGCAAACAUCACGAGUGUUCCUGUAACACAUGAAUGGCCGGAGAAUCUGUGGCCAUAACAGAGCUAUGCUGGUUUUGGAUGAAAAGCACUUGUCACACACACCUACAAUUUAUUAAAUUCCUUGGAAAAUAUUCAAUUGUUGCAGGCUAGCAAGAUGCAAGGCUCAUUUUUUAUGUCAAUCGGAUUAAAAGGGAGCAGCUUUUGUAGGAUAUGGCCGCGAUCUUUGAAAGAGUACUGAAACAAGACGUAUGAUAAUUUCAGCUUAUGAGAAGAUUCCCAAGUACCAGAUUUUAUUACAUGGUGCUGUUGCUUUUUUGUAAAUCCUUGAAGGAGAACUCGUACAAAUGUUCAAUCUCAAGUGAAAUUAUCUUUGUUUAGUUUUGCUCUAUUGGUGGGGUUGAGGCUGAAACUGUGUCCCCAGCUCUUUUCAUGGAAAUAACGUCCACUGGCCAGGAGGAAAUAAAUCCCAGUGUAACAUUGGAAGAUAAAAAGACGAAGAUUCUAUCUAUUUUGCUUUGAAAGGACAAGAAAUUAUUAUGUGGUAAAAUUAUUUUAUAUAUUUAUGUUUUUUUA